GUUGGCAAAAGUAGAAAAAGUCAAACCAUGAACAAGCAUUCCAUUUUCACCAACCUUUUUCUAUACAAAUAUCUUAGCAAUGAGUUCUAGUCCUAAAGCUCUCUCUCUAAGCGCAAGGUCUCUACUUGUACUUCCAGAAAGACCGCAGAUACAGAAGAAUUAUGGCUCAGUCAGUUAAUAGCAGCAAUGAGAAGAAGAUUAUCAAAAUCGAUAUAAGUUCAGACUCUGUAUGCCCAUGGUGCUUUGUAGGAAAAAGGAAUCUGGACAAGGCUAUAGCUACAUCUAAGGACCAAUAUGAUUUUGAGAUUAAAUGGCACCCCUUUUUUCUCAAUCCUAAUGCCUCUACGGAAGGUGUUGAUAAGAAAAGCUAUUAUGAGAAUAAGUUUGGAGCUCGAGCUCAAGGGAUCAUAGCUCGAAUGACUGAGAUUUUUAGGGAUCUUGGGUUGGAAUACAACAUGUCUGGACUCACGGGAAGUACCCUCGAUAGCCACAGGCUUAUAUAUUUUGCUGGACAGCAGGAUCUUGAUAAGCAACAUAAACUUUUGGAGGAACUGUUCCUUGGCUACUUCACACAGGGUAAAUACAUUGGUGACAGGGAAUUUCUUGUUGAAUCUGCUAAGAAAGUGGGUGUAGAAGGUGCUGCAGAGUUUCUUGAAGAUCCCAAUAAUGGAUUGAAGGAGGUCAAGGAGGACCUCGAGAAAUACUCGUCACAGAUUACGGGAGUUCCACAUUAUGUGAUUAAUGGGAAGUAUCAGCUGAGUGGUGGCCAGCCCCCUGAGGUUUUUCUGAGAGCUUUUCAAGCUGCAGCUAAUUGAAAAUCCUUACAUAAGGAUGCUUUCUAAGUUUAACCUUGAAUAAAGAUUCUGCUGGGUUACCUGUUAGCUUGUUGACAUCCACAAUCAUAAUAUCUUACCAAGAAAGUUGAAAUUAUGUAACCAGAGUUGGAAGUGUGAUGCCUAGAAUCUAAUUGCUUGCAAAAUAUUGUACACUGCUACAGAUUUCAUUGCUCUCAAAGAUGGCUACGACCAUCAAGAAAUAUGGUUGUAAAAUAUUAAACUAUUGGAGACAUGCGCUUUCUUUGCUUGGAAUAUAAAGGAUGAAACAUUAUCAUAUGUUGCGAAACA